UCUAGGUUCUUCUCAACUCAAUCUCCAAUACAAAUCCAAGAAUUUCUCUACCAUUGGAUCGAAAUUAAACUUUGAAUUCGAUCCAAUUGGUUUGUAGAAGCAUUGGAAGUUUGAGUUUGAGAAAUCAAAAAAAAAUAAAAUUAAAUACUCCUUUAAGAUAAAGAGAGAACUCAAGAGCUUCUUUGUUAGGUGAAGAUGGAGAAGGUGAUGAGAUUGGCCUCAGAGAAGGGAGUGGUGAUGUUCAGUAAGAGCACAUGUUGUAUGUGCUAUGCAGUCAAGAUUCUCUUCCAUGAACUUGGUGUGAGCCCUAUGGUUCACGAGCUCGAUCAAGACCCUGAAGGAAGGGACAUGGAGAGGGCACUCCAGAGGAUGGGUUGUAGCUCGCCUGUUCCAGCUGUGUUCAUUGGUGGUAAGUUGGUGGGAUCAACAAAUGAAGUCAUGACACUCCACCUUAGUGGCUCUCUUGUUCCAUUGAUCAAGCCCUAUCAAGCUAUGUCUUAAAUGUUCGUUGCUCUGAUACCAUAUUAAAAACAUAUGUUUUCUCUCUCACCAUAUAUAGAUUUGAGUGCUAGUUGAUGCAUGGAACCCUUUUCUUGUACUAAGUAGUAGUUGUAUGUUCUUCAUAGCUCUUUAAUUACUAGCUAGCUAGCUAGCUAGCUAUCUAUGUAACCUUAUAUCUUCCUCUUAUGAAAUGGAUUUGUAUGAGUUAUUAUGCU